AUCGGUUAGCGAAGAAAGGUGAAUGCGAGUAAAAAAAAAAAUAUAUAUGUAAGUAUCACAAGCGGCAUGGUUGUUUAUGAAUCAUCAUCAUACAGAAGUUUUGGAAAUAAAAUUCAUUGGUUUACAAGACAACCAAGGAGCAAGUCAACAAGUGCAUCAGUUUCGCCAAAUAAAAAUCCAUCAGCUAUUUAUCAAUAAACAAUUUAGUAUUAAUUUUUUUUAUCAACAGGGAUGUCUUGAAGAGUAAAUGAGAUUAUUAAAAAUUAAAAACAGAAAUGAAUAGUAAUCGUGAUAGUGGUGAUGAACUGUGUGGUGUUAUAAAACUAUUAAAUUUAGAUAUGGAAAUUUGUGAAGGUAAUGAAACAGUUGAUGAUACUAUUUGUGAUAAUUGUGAUAGAAAUUAUGAUGAUGAUGAUAAUUCUACAACAGAUGAUAGACAAGUCAUCUUGCCAACGAAUCCGUCGGAAUGGAAUGAAAGUCAUGUACAAGCAUGGUUGACUUGGUGUGGUCGUACAUUUUCUAUUGAACAUCUUCCAUCUCCAGAGGAAUUGCCAAGUAAUGGAAAAGAACUUUUAGAUAUUUCAUAUGACAAAUGGAAGGGUUUACCUGGUGGUAAAUUAUUAGCUAGACAUCUUGGAUAUUUACAUCUUCAAGCAACUGGUAUUCAUCUGCCGAAAUUACUUCAAGAAGAAUCAAUGAAUGAAAGGUACAACCUCUUUCAGAGAACUUGUGCGUUGAUUGGUUCAACUGGUAACGUUGGUAACUCGGGGGCGGUCGGUGGCGGGCAAGUUCAACUAUGGCAAUUUCUUCUUGAGUUGUUAUCAGAAUCAUCAAACUCAUCUUGCAUUGCAUGGGAUGGUAAUAAUGGUGAAUUUAAAUUAACUGAUCCAGAAGAAGUUGCACGUAGAUGGGGUGAAAGAAAAAGCAAACCAAAUAUGAAUUAUGAUAAACUUUCAAGAGCACUUAGGUAUUAUUAUGAUAAAAAUAUUAUGACAAAAGUGCAUGGUAAAAGAUAUGCAUAUAAAUUUGAUUUUCAUGGUUUGAUGAUGGCUUGUCAAGCACAAGCUGGUGUCAGCUUUGAAUCAUCAACAUCAUCAAGUAUUUCAUCACCAGCUCGUCACUUAUAUUCACCUGCAUCAACCAGCACAAAUGUUGUAGCUAUUUUGAGACCAGAAACGACAAGUCAAUCAUCAACAAGUCCUUCAACAUCAACUCAUUAUUGUUGGCCUUAUCCACAAUAUUCACCACCACCAUAAAUAUUUUUUCCACUAUAUUAUAUAUUGUUGUUAAUCAUGCUCAAUUAAUCAAUAUCAA